AAUGAUUAAAUGUCAAUCCAAGGUAGUCGUAGAAUGUGUUAUUGUUAUAUUAUUUGAUUAUAGUGUUAUUUUUAUCAAACCAAAAGAAUUUAUAAUUAAUAAGAUCUUAUUAACCGAAAAUCUUCUUAAACUUAUAAAGUAUUUUUAAUAAAGAUAUUCCUUACAACAUUAAUUCACUGAAAGAUUUAUUUUUGAGACUAAUGGACGGCAACGAGAGCGACAGCAGUGAUAACGGGCUAGAAGACCUACAAAUUAUGAAUCGAGAAGCUGAGCACGACGAUGGCAGUGCUGAUGGCAGCGAUGUCGUACACUUGGAGCACGAAGCGAAUGAUGAACGUGACAACGAAGAAGGCGAUGGCUCGGAGGCGGACUCUGAAGAGGAACAUUUCUACGACAUAUCUAUAGCUGCCUCUCAUUCAUACCUGGGCGCGGGGCUGGCGUGCGUGCGCGGGCGCAGCGUGGUGGAGGCGGGCUGGGUGGGGCGCGUGCCGGCGCUGGCGCACCACGGCGUGCUGUUCCCGGGCGAGACCGUGCCCAUGUUGCUGCCGCGCGCGCACGACGCCGCGCUGCUCGUGCAGGCCAUCCAACGAGACAAACUCUUCGGCCUGCUCUGUCCCGACGAGGUGGGCGUGAUGCUGUCGGGGUACGGCGUGCUGUGCGAGGUGAUGAUGGCCGGCAUCGACGAGACCCAGGACGAGCCCACCUCCAUCACGUUCAAGGCGCGCGCCAUCCAUCGCUUUCGACUGCUGAAGAUGCCCAAGACGACGAUCCCUCUGUCUGCGUACGCCAGGAUGCGGGCGGUGGAGGUGGUGGUGCUGCCGGAGCUGUGCGCGCGGGACAGUCUGCGCGCCGCGCGCCUGCACUCGCUGGACCCGCUGCGGGGCCCCACGCACCUCGCGGCAGUCCAGCGUCGGCUGCGCGCGCUGGACGCGGCGGUGACGCCGUGGCCGCUGUUCGUGUACGAGAUCUUCGACUACGAGUCCAUGCGGCACGCCAUACACGACUACUUCCGCACCAUCAUGCUGGAGGACAAGUUGCCGGAGGACGCGGUGUCGCUGUCGUUCUGGGUGGCGUCCAACCUGGCGCUGUCGGCGGCGGACCGCCUGGCGCUGUUCGCCGUGGACGACGCACUGCUGCGGCUGCACAUGGAGGUGCACUUCAUCCGUAGAAAAAGCGUGCUCUGUUGCUCCUCGUGUAUGGCGCAGAUCGCUCGGAAGGAACACAUAUUCCCCAUGUCCAGCGAAGGAGUGCACUCCAAUUACACUAAUUUAGGCGGGUACAUGCACGACAUCCUGACGGUGAGCGAGGCGUGCAACGUGGAGACCAACGGCGCGCCGUCGGCCGAGUACUCGUGGUUCCCCGGCUACACGUGGACCGUGGCGCUCUGCGCCAACUGCAUGGUGCACGUCGGAUGGAGGUUCGAGGCCAUGAAGCGCAGCCUGCGGCCGAGCCAGUUCUACGGGCUGUGCCGCAACUACGUGCAGCCCUACGACACGGACGAGCCGCGCCCCGACCCGUGACUGCUCUCUGUACCUACUUGCAAUGUUAAAGCAUUUGUAUAUGCUCCGACUGCAGUAUUAACUUGAAAAUUAUUACUCUGUUAGGUACGAUCUUGAACUAGCAAAACGUUUUGGUUAAUUUCUUCGAACGGGAGCAGAUACGCGUUACACACACUUGUUAGUACAUUUUGUAAGUCCGCACCUCACACGUAACUGUCGCCACGUACUAGGUCCCAAUGACAAUGUUCUUCAAUGUGACUGUGGAGUACGCCAUUUCUCGAUAAUAUAUUUUCCAUAACAAUAAUUUUAAUAAUUACUUAUGUAAGUGUUUAGCAUUUAAAAAAAAUAUUGUUGUUAUAAAUGAAAUGUCAUCUUCUAUUGGUCCGUGUUAGUGGAUGUAAGUCUCGUGCAGUUCAGCUCCCGCAUACAAUAUUCUACUUUGCCCCGCUCCUUUUUAAUGUAAUUUUGUAUUCCACUAAACACUUGUCGUAUAUUGUGGAUAUUAUAAUAAUAUGUACCAGUUUGCCAGUCUUAGAUUUAAAAUUCGUUACUCGAUGUCGUGUACGUACGUACUCUAUAUAUUGGUAGGAACUGGUUUUACAACAUGAACCCGACUGAGUGAGUACAGACACGCGACAACACGUACGAUGGUUACGUCACGCGGCGAGAGGAGCCACAGGAUAUACUUGUUUGUUAUAUUGUAGGACGAGUGUACAUAACGGUACAACAAUAUGCUGCUCAUUGCGUUAUGUUUAGUGUAAAGCUCAAGCUCAAUAUCAAAAACCUCUCUAUCUGUUGGGUUUGUAUUUGCAACCAGCAAUGACAAGAGUUGUUAAUAAGCUAUUUGAUUGAUUUUAUUUAGUUUCGCAUUUAUAUUGACUCCUUCCGAUACAAUAAUGAAUAUGCUACAAUGUUACAUUAAUGUUUCUGGAAAAUAGGUAGCUGUAUGUUUAUCAAUAAUAUUUUUUAUCAUCACAUUUGCACAUUUUGUGAUUGAUUGUAAGUUACGUCACACACUCAUAAACAUCAGCUGUUGCUUUCCCCCACUGGCUGUUGAUAAGGAAUAAUUAAAAAACAUUAAUCUUUUUCAGCUAAAAUUCUAUAGAGACAUUAUAACUUAUUAUCUACUUCGUAGUUAAUUAAUAUUUUCAAUAGUGCCAAAUAGCCUAUAGCCUAUUGUCAAUAUAAUAUCAUUAAUCAAAUGUAAAUAAAUGUCUUUUAUAUAUAAACAUAUAUAUAUAUUAAAUAUAAGAGAAAUAAAUGUGUUGAUAAAACUG